AUGGGCGGGAUCUGGAAGACGCACGUCGGAAGCUGGGUGCCGGUCGUCGUCGUCGUCGCCGCUGCCGUCAGACUCGGUCUCGUCACGCUCUCUGUGGCCGUAGCGAGGGAGUCGUCGCUUGUUGUAGGGGCAGAGGAGGAGGAAGAGGAAGAGGAAGAGGCUCGUUUCGGUGGGUGGAAGCAGCCGGCGGCUUCGCUUUUGCCGCACGUAUCGCCCUUUUGGCACCACCAGGUCUUGGAGGAGCCGUGGCAGCAGACGCCGUCGGGCGGCAUGCAGCCUUCCCAGCAGGGGAUCGUGGACCCGGGGCAGACUGUGCCGUCGUCGAUGGGUGGUUGGGAUGGAGAAGGGGUGGGUGUUGACUGGGAGGUUGCCGCUGCGGUGAAGGCGAGGAAGAGGAGGAGGAUGGAUGUAGAGCUUGGGAGGAGCAUUUUGGUGAAGUUGUCUGGCGCGUUCUUGGGAAUAUCAGGAGGAUCUUCGGAUGGUGUGAAAGUUUGGGUGAUCGAGAUGCGUUCUUAUGAGCUUCUCACCGACGGCAAGAUUGGCGAGGCUUCCUCUUUAUACGGUCUCGAAGGCGGCACGCUGUAUACCAAGUAG